AUGGCGGCUGCAGCACGGUUGUUACUGAGGAGUGCGGCUCUUAAAGCCGGUGUGAGUGAUGUACAGACCGGAGUGAACAGUAAUGUAGGAUUAUCACUUCUCAGAGUGUCUCCGAGCUGCAGCGCCACACAGAAACUGCUAAAGAGACAUGCUGCUCACUUCACCUUUCAGCCUGACCCCGUCCCUACUCAAUACGGUUCCACCACCAAGAUGAACCUGUUCCAGUCCGUAACCAGUGCUUUGGACAACGUCCUUGCCAGUGACCCCACAGCAGUUAUUUUUGGAGAGGACGUGGCAUUUGGUGGAGUGUUUCGAUGCACGGUUGGCCUUAGAGACAAAUAUGGUAAAGAUCGUGUUUUCAACACUCCACUGUGUGAGCAGGGCAUUGUGGGAUUUGGAAUUGGAGUAGCUGCUGCAGGAGCAACAGCCAUUGCAGAGAUUCAGUUUGCUGACUACAUCUUUCCUGCUUUUGAUCAAAUUGUAAAUGAAGCUGCCAAGUACCGGUACCGUUCGGGAAAUCAUUACGACUGUGGGAACCUGACCAUCCGGGCACCAUGGGGCUGUGUGGGCCACGGCUCCCUCUACCACUCCCAGAGUCCUGAAGCUUUUUUCGCCCACUGUCCUGGCCUUAAGGUGGUCGUGCCCAGAGGCCCAAUCCAGGCUAAGGGUCUGCUCUUGUCCUGCAUUGCUGAUAAGAAUCCAUGCAUCUUCUUUGAGCCCAAGAUCCUGUACAGAGCUGCAGUGGAGCAAGUACCAACCGAACCCUACCAGCUUCCUUUAUCACAGGCAGAGGUUGUACAGGAGGGAAGUGAUGUCACACUGAUUGCCUGGGGAACACAGGUUCAUGUAAUGAAGGAGGUGGCUAACAUGGCACAGGACAAGCUUGGUGUGUCUUGUGAGGUCAUCGAUCUUCAGACCAUUUUGCCUUGGGACAUCGAGACUGUGUGCAAGUCAGUGGUGAAGACGGGCCGACUGCUCAUCAGUCACGAGGCUCCAGUGACCGGAGGCUUUGCUGCAGAGAUCGCCACCACUGUGCAGGAGGAAUGUUUUCUAAACCUGGAGGCUCCCAUCACCAGAGUUUGUGGAUACGACACGCCCUUCCCUCACGUUUUCGAACCCUUCUACAUCCCGGACAAAUGGAAAUGUUUCGAGGCUCUCAAACGAAUGAUCAACUACUAGUUACUAGAAUCAGGAAAUGAACUCAUCACAGAUGUGGUGUUUAAUACCGUUACUGAUGGGGUUGAUGAACAUGGAUUGGUGAACUUCAGAAUUUUGCUCAAUCAAGUGGAACAACAUUUUAAACACUAAUAUGCAGAUAUCUAUUGGGGCUCAUCUGUUGUAGUUUAAUGAUUAAAUGUGUCUUAUUUUACUGUUACAAAUGUGAUAGACUGUUUCUGCUGAUCUAUUUGUCACAUUUUAUUUCCAGGUUUUGGUUAUUGAGAGAAUUAAAGGACUUCUAGAUGUACAGUG